CAGAUUUCCCCCCCCCAGUAGUCCCACGCAGACACAGUCGAUACCUCACACGCUCUACGGAACGGACGACGGACAGCCGCUCAGCUCCACUGUCGCCAGAGUCUUCCAUAACAAAGCACCAACCAUGGGGAAGGGAUGCAUCAUGGCCACCAAGUACUUCCUCUUCCUGUUCAAUCUCCUUUUCUUUAUCUUUGGAGCGUUGAUCAUGGGCUUUGGACUGUGGGUCCUCCUGGACAAUCAGAGCUUCAUUGCCGUACUUCAGGAGUCAUCGAACACAUUGAAAGUUGCUUCCUACAUCCUGAUUGGAGUGGGCUCCCUGUCUAUGGCUAUGGGCUUCUUUGGAUGCAUCGGCGCCAUUUAUGAAAUCCGCUGUCUGCUGGGCCUGUACUUCACCUGCCUCCUCCUCAUCCUCAUCGCCCAGGUGACUGCUGGAGUGCUCAUUUAUUUCCAAAGGGACCGGCUAAAACACGAGAUGUCCAACAUUAUAAAGAACAUGCUGGUCAACUACACGGGCCAGAACAGAACCACAGAGCACACGUGGGACUACAUCCAGAGGACGAUGAAGUGCUGUGGGUGGACCAGUCCGAGUAACUGGACGGAGAACAUCUGGAUUAAGAACAGUUCACAGAUCCUCUACUCGUGCUCCUGUCGUAAUGAAUCCCUGUCCGGCACAGACGUCAGGGAGACGGGUCUGUGUGAGCAUCCGUCCGCAGACCUGCCCGUCUAUGAAACGGGCUGUAUAAGCAAUGUGGAGGGUUGGUUGUUGGAGAACUCCGGAGUUAUUCUUGGAAUCUGUGUCGGAGUAGCGGUCGUGGAGCUCUUGGGGAUGAUUCUGUCCAUGUGUCUGUGUAAGAGCGUCGUCCAGGAAGACUACACUAAAGUACCAAAGUACUGACCGUGAAGUCUGAGUCAGCGCCACACCACAUGCAUGGACGGUCUAUCUGUUUCUCUUUUAUCUCUCACAUUCUGUCUUUCACACACACAUGUAUACAGGACAUGUGGCAGCUGUUUCUGCCCUUUGACCCUUCUCAGCCCUGGACAGCUGUGCCAAUCUCUCAGCCCAUAGAAAGUCUCACAUACAGAUCUCUCAGUCGCUUGUUGGACCAGUGGCUUUUUAAGACGUGUGUUCACACGUUACCAAGGGCCACACGCACGUGUACAGUAUCUCAUUCUGAAUGAAACUAGUAUAUUUUAAGGCAACCAUCGGUAGUGCAUUACGGGGGUAGCCUAGCCAGAGAAUAAGUUGUAGUAGAAUGAUUUUAAUUUUCCUUUUUACAUGUGACAAACCCUUUGUGUUAUAAUGUCUACUGUUGCUGUCCUGUAAAGCGCUUGCCGUGCCGACAGUCUGCCUCGUCUUUUCUGGGAGAGUGUCUCUUGCAACAUUUGGCGGUCUGACAGUUCGAGCACCCUCCAGCUCGAGUCAGGGAGGUUGUGGGUGGGUACUCGGAGGAGGAUCACAGAUUUGCCCCCUCUGUAAUAACGCAGCGGGUACAUUUGUUGCAAAGGGUGGAGGGGAAGCCCUGCUGUGAGCUGGGGCAGGGUCGCCUCGGUGUGUAGGCUUUGGCUUUUGGUCAUGGGUCCUAAUAAUAACCUUCCUUCACCACCACCCGGCUCCAUCACCGCCCUUCCCAUCCGUCACCCCUCCCUCCCUCCCGCUCCUUCUCUCACGGGUGUACUGAACUGGUAACCAGUAGCUAAUUCUGCAUGAAGAAAAUGAGUCUGUACGAUGUGUCGAGUGUGUAUUUUAUUACCCUUUGUUUUUUUAUGAUUUAUAUAUCAAUGUUGUCAUCCUUUUUUGUUUUUUUAAGCUGUAUAUAUGACUUUGGUAAGGGAUUACUGCACUUCUGUGCUCGGUCAGCAUUUUAUAUGGGAAAGCGGUCACCCGCACGCUUUUGUUUUGAAAGUCCCAUUGUUCUUUGUUUCCACCCUUUUGUUUGUGAUGUACAGAGUCUGGCUGCACGCCGGCCCGUUUCGGGGAGCCCAACUUUAAAUCUCUCGAACAGGUUUGCGGUGAAAAAGAUAUUCCAGUCCAGUGAAACACAGAGUGUUGUCUAGAAGGCAUGCCUGUGUUACUGUGUCGGGGGACAGCUCUCUGCCCCGGUAUCCGCAGUUCAGUCACGGCCACGUUUCUUUUCAUCGGGUUGACGUCGGCCGCGGAGCUGCGCUGGUGCCCCUUACCCUCCGUUCACUUCAUGCUCCUCGAAGGGAUCGGAGAAACGUGAGCGAAUUCGAUGGUGACUGUGAAACAACUGCUGCCAGAGACUGUUCGUUCAUUCAUUUUAUUUGAAUGUUUUGCUAAAAGAAAAAGUAGAAACACGGCUUUAAGUUACGUUAUAUCCUCCACCUAGUUCCUUCCAUUUCAGCAUCACUAGUGCGGGUGACAUGUCUGGCUCAUCCAACAGCAAUUGCUGUUUAAUGUGUGUAUGUUUACCACACAUCUCACAUUUGUUAUAUCAAGAGUCAUUUCACAUUGUGUUUCCUUAUGCUGCAGUUAAACAUGCUGGAGAGAGAAAACUGGCCCUUUUUUUUU